UGCUCAUUCAAAACUGGCGCACCUUGCCUUCCCUCCCACCCCCUCUUCCUUUUACAUGUUUUGCAACUCACCACGCCCAUCAAACAACCGUCUCCAACUCAGCGACGCAAACGAUCUAUGCUCGAGGAAUUUAGCGACACCAAAACUGAGCGACAGCGAUCGAGUUGGCGAGUGACCUGUUAGCGCCCGAUUAGUCAUUCUAGUUCCGGCCGCGGGCAACACAAUGGCUGGAUCCCAACAAGGCGGCGGGUUCGACCCUCUGGAAUUCAUGGACUUUUCGCAGUACGACAACAACAACACCAACGCUGCCAACACCGGGUUGAACUACCAGCCACCCUCCCUCUCGCCAUCGACCUCGAUCUCGCUCAAGUCCGAAACUCCGGAAGGGUCGUCACUGUUCCCCUCCAACCAGGGCUUCGCAGCACCCAGCCACCAGUACAACCUCUACAAGCAGCAAACAGGUCUCGUCCCGGGCGCACUGACAACUACGUUGUCGAUGAACGAGCCGCAGGGGUAUUUCCAAGAGUAUCUCGAACUUCAACAACACGAUAUGCUUGCCGGGAUGGGGGAGUCGGACGACGUCUUCGACUUCAACGCGCCUCUGGGUGGCGGCUUGGACACCUCCGGGAUGGAUCUCGGCUUCGACUCCACGGACGGGCUCUAUCUCAACUCCACCAUCAACCCAAGCGCCAUCGGCGGCCACGAACCCGAUGGGCUGACCUCUCCGCUCCCCACAACACCCGCCUUGUCCAACACUCCUGGCAGGGUGUGGCCUGGCAUGCACCAGCAACAAGCGGCGCUUGCCAGGGCACAGCAGCAACAGAAGCAACAAGAGAUGCAGAGGCAGCAGCAACAGCAACAACAGCUACAAAGGCAACGCGUUCAGGCUAAGCAGGCACAGAAGGCCAGGUCACCGCAAACGAGCAGCUCCAUCGCCGAGCAAAACGUUCAGAACAUCCUGAGCUCGAUGCGCUCCGAGCCUGUGCAGUACACGCCCAUCAAGAGCGUGCCGACGGCAAACUUCCCCAAGAAGCAGAAGUCCGAGGCGGAGAUGGAUGAGGAUGAGAAGUUCCUGGCGAGCGAGGAAGGCAAGAAGCUCAGCAGCCAAGAGCGCCGCCAGCUUCGGAACAAGGUUUCGGCCCGCGCAUUCCGGGGCAGGAGAAAGGAAUACAUCGGCUGGCUCGAGGGCGAGCUCACAGACCGGCACAACGACUCGGGCCUCCUGCGGGCGCAGAACAAGGCGCUGAUCGAGGAGAACGCGCGGCUGACCAGCCUCACCAAGAUGCUGCUCUCGUCGGACCACUUCCGCGACCUGCUCAGCGACCUCAGCUCCAACCCGGAGAAGCUCGACGACCUGCACUCGGCCGGCGAGCCCCACGUCCAGGCCCACGCCCGCCAGCAGGCCCAGCAGGAGGCCGAGAUGCAGGCCCGCCUGCAGGCCGAGAAGGACGCCAACCCCCACCUCGCCGAGCAGCAGCACCUCCGCUACCAGGAGCACUUCCGCCUCCACAUGAUGUCGGGCCAUGCGUGAGCCCUGGCGGGGUGACUCGUGUCGGAGUGUAGACGGGCGGGUUUGUUUGGAGCGGUUGCCUGCUGUGCCUGUUUGUGGUCUGUUGCGGGAGUUGGUGGUCAGUGGUGUGGCGGCGUCGUGCUUUCGGGUUUGGGACUUGGGGUUGUGCAUAGCGAUAUACUCUCUGAUUCUUUUGUAUAGCCAUUUCUUACUCUUAUCUGUUUAUUAUGAUCUGCCCUACUCUGCUCAAGCGGGCGCGCACACGCGCAAUUGCCUGACAUACACGUCAGCUCAUCUACCUACGGUCUAGAAGAAUACAAUUUGCUCCAAUCUG